AUGGAAACAUUAACGAUUCAUAGUUAUGAUCUUCAGCUUAAAGAAAGAAUGAAUAAUGGAAAAGUCAGAAUAAAAGAAUUUGAAACAGAAGAACUCGAAAAUGAAAUAGUCAAAGAUGAUGAACUUAUCUUCUCUCAUAGUAUUGGAAAAACAGAACUUGAUGAUUUAUUGCAAAAGCUUAAAGGGUUACAAUAA